AUGGAACGCCUACGGGCUGCAGGCAGAUCAUGUCGAACUUGGUGGAGAGACACGACCGACCCCAUGCUGCUCACAAGCCCCUUCCUGGAACGGCAGUCUCUCCCGAAGAUUCUGAAUAUCUACAACAUAUACUGGGCUGUGGACCACUGGCUCUACGUCCACUGGGAUGGCAGAUGCAAGGAUCAAGACAGAACGGUGGCCAACGUUCGACUAGGUCUGGCCAUCUUAAUUCUGGCGUUGCUCCUGUUUUGGCCAAGCAUAUACCGUGUGCACGCAUUGAAAGUGGAAGCCGCGAGUGCAUUGCUCAUGUGUGCAGCGAUGGAUCAACUAUGUCGACACGGGGUCCCAGAGCACGUCCCAACGUGGCGGCUGUAUUGGCGAGUCCAGCUUAUGCUGCUCAUGACUCUCAAGCUGCAUCCUCUGAGCCUUUCUGUUGCAGUUGCCUUCCAGAUGUGGGGAUCUCUUGCAACUUUCCCGGAGGACUUCCUCAUGAAUCGGUCGUGGCACGAACCUGGUCUCCUUGCGAACGAAUCGUUGCAGAGGUUUUUGGUGUUGUGCGCAUAUCCAGCAGCCAUCUGGUGCUGGUACCUCUUCAGCUUCACCUCCAAAAUCUAUGCCAUCAAGACUGGGCAAGUGGUCCCUGAGAGUGGGCACACCAGCUUCAGAGAAAGAGCAGAGCAACUGCUUCUCGACGAGGGGCAGUCUAGCUUCUGGCGGUGGUGGACAAGGUCGAUGCAUGAGUGUGUGACGGACUCUCCCCUGUCUUCCAGGAACAUCCCGGCGGCCAUCAUUUGCUGCAUAAUUCUUUGGGGCAGCCAUAUGGUGUAUGUGGACGUCGCUGUGAGGUUUGUGCAGACGCCGGCCAGCGGGACUUGCCAUGUUGUUCCGGCCAUGCUGCAGCAAGACUUGAGUCAUGGCGCCCUCAGCUUGCUGGUGAUUGUCAUGACAGGUUUCAUCACUUCGUUUCUGCGACGGGUCGGCUUUCUGGGCUAUGCCCUGACGAAGGAUCUGCCUCUUCUGGCAUGCGCGCUUGCCCCUUCGGCGAUGAGUUUUGCGCUGCACGUGUGGAUGCUUAACAACACGUGCCUGCACAGUCUUCCGGCCUUUGCCAUUUUCUCUGCGCCGAUCGCGGGGGUGGGACUGGUUGAAGCAUUGUUCGUCCUCUCCCUUUCCCAUGUGCACCCCACCGUCAUGUGCGUGGCCGUGAUCCUUUGUUGUAUAUACCUCUCCUGGUUGGAAGGCAUGAUCCCGGGCUGGAGGCUGCAUCCCGCGACGCUCUACCAGUUCAUGAUUGGCGAAGUGCUGCUGCUGAUCUUACACUCCUGGGGUCAUGCUUCCGUGGUUCGCACGGUCUGGGCUGCGGUAGAAAGGAGCCAGGCCAACGCACAGAGCAUGGAGCAACUUCGGUCCUGGAAUCGCGACGAGGAUCGCGAGCGGAGAUCUUGGAUGCAGCUCGUGCAGCUUCAGUCCGAGGGGCCGGCCGAGACUAAGCCCAUGCCGGCGAGAAGUUUGGCUUCAAUCGCCGAGGAGCUCAAGAUGUCGAUGGCCUCUUCUUCGAGCCCGACUGAUGAGGCCGGCCAGGACUUGCCAGCACUGCAUCUCGAGGUGGAAGGUGCAGAGACGGCUUACCGCCCUCAGGCCUCUGUGGCCGUCCUUCGGCACGGUGAGCGCCAGGAUGCCGUUUUCGAUUCCGGCUGGCAUCAGACGGAGGACGCAGCGAAAUAUCCCGGAGAUUGUCCAAUCACUGACGAGGGCGUGAGGACCGCCAGGGAGGUGGCACGCACACUCCGUGAUUUUGGCGACUAUGGAAUCGUCGUUUCCUCGCCAUAUCUACGCUGUGUCCAGACGGCCGUAGCCAUAGCUGAUGAGUUGGAUCUGGUGGUCCUCCUCGACCAAGAAUUGGGCGAAGUCUUCGGCCCAGACAUCUUCGGAGAGUUAGGUGCACGCCCUCGUGCAUGGCGCUCGCGACACGAGCUACACAAGGCCCUGGAAGCCUGGGAGCCAAAGCUGGAGAAGAGCUUCUCCACGGCUCCAGCUCGCCGUGUUUGUUGGCAGAGGGUGCUAGGUUCGGCCCCCAAAUGGGGGGAGCGGAUCCCGGCCGCACGGCAGCGCUACGCGCGACGGUUUCUGCGAUACUUGAGCAGAAGCCGUCGCGGGAACAAGAACUUGAUCGUGGUGUCUCAUGGCAUCAUGGUGCAAACUUGCAUGAAGGUGCUGCCCAGCACAUCGGUUUGGGAUGUGGGCUCAAUUCCUUACUGCAGUGGCCUCAUGGCUCAUUUCUGGCAGAAGCAGUCAUUCACUUCGCAAGAUUCCGUCACGCCCAAGACGUUCCAGGACCAGUUCAGCUUCAUGAUUACCGAGGCGGACAUGAUGGCUCCAACCCAUGCCGCCGAUGCAGAGACGCCUGUGCUUGAACAUACGCCGCUCUCGACUGACUUGUCCGCUGAAGCUGAAGAAGAGUCUCAGCUUCGCCACGCGCGGCUUCAAUGGUGGGAGGUUCAUGUUGUGGGAGCGGACGUGCAGUACGACGUGCCAUCCCCUCGGUCUCGAACACGCUCGAGGAACCGGUAUCAGGACUACCUCGACUCAAUUCGCUCAGACCAUUUCUCCUGGGAGAAUCUCUAUAGCUUGCUCGGAGACCUUCCGGACGAGGUUCCUCUGGAUGCAUUUCAGACCGCGGCAGUAAGGAACGACAGCUUGGACCUUUCCAGUGAUUCGGGCACGCGCAGCUCCAUGGAGAUGUUUCGCAGGCCAAGGAUCACAUCUCUGCAGACGGAGAGUGUGGGAACAACCGACGACCCUGGCACGGAACCGAUCAGCCCGGUGACCCCCCCGGCUCCUAUGCCCGUCUUGAACUUGAAAGCUAGCAGCCUCAUGGGACGAAGGGGCCGGGUCCUGAACCUGAACACCGGGGCACCGCAGGUGCCGCCCUAG